CAACGAUAUUGGCAAUGAAGAAAAGCAAAUUUUCUGAAUAAACAUACAAGAACAAUCGAAGCGUUGCAAAUUAAUGCUUAGAUAGAAUGUGAAACAAUUUCAAAUACGUAAUUGUCUGGGAAACACCGUCGACAAAAGCAUUGAGGAAAGGAUAUACCAGAAAAAUGUUCUUCUUUUAUGGUCUAAGUGCAUCGAGAAGACGUAAAAAUAACUAUUUGUCCUUGUUAGUUAUGAUCUACUGGUUAGUAGGGAAAUUUGGCGAAGGAAAUACAUAUUUACAAGAAUGCAUUUUUGGUUUCUACUGCGAUGGUGAAGACGAUCCGUUACUACGAUCUAGUUGCCAGGCAGGAUACUGCCAAUGCUCAGGAAGAUUCGCUCAAAGAAACUGCUUACCAAAGAUGUCGAGCUGUGUUAUGGAGCACGGUCCGACGACGACAAACCAUCCAGUUAGCGUUUGUACAGAGAUCUCUUCGACACAGAUAUGUAGUCAGGACUUUAUAACUUAUCAUUGUCAUAGUAACAAAAGCUCUCCGUACGAGGUUCACGUUCUGGGAACGUAUCAAGCAACGUCACCCUGUUGUGAUAUACCUGGGAUCUCAAGGAUAACAGUUGUUAAACAAGGACAUUUGACAAAUAAAGUAGUCCUUGUGCUUGCAUCCGCAUGUCCUGUGACCUGGUAUUUAAACAUGAAAAAUGAUGUUGAGAUAAAUCAAGUUGUACUGGUUCAGAAGACAGAAUCACUUGCGUCUGUAAUUUGGCCGAAGGGUAAUGUCAAACAAAUAAUUAAAGUGUCGAACAUUUCUGUACAACAAAACAGUUUAUACGGUAAAGGAAGUGAUACAAUUAAAUUACUUCAGUAUGUUGAAAACGUUUAUGGUUCUCUUACCUCAUUCACUGGAAAAUUCGAAGUGAAGCAAUGGAGAAUAAAUAUUGGCGAGCAAGGAGCUGUGGAUCCUUCGACAAGUACGCAAUCUUAUCCUUCAACAUCCCAUUUUAUAUCCUCCAGUCGUACACAAAUAUCGUCAAGUAUCCACUUUGAACCAACGAAGUCAUCUCCAAUGGAACAACUUAUACUUCCAAGCAAUCUUUUGAUGUUUCAUGCUUUUGGUACACUGGAGUUUAAACAUAUCUCCGCACUAAAAUACUCUGUCAGCGGAAGCCUAGAGAUUCGUUCACCCUUGAUCACGGUCAAUACCCCUUCGCCAACAAAGAUGCUUGAUAAAAUAACAUCAGCCGGGAUAGAAUCCUCAAUUUUCCCAACACCAACAUCAUCAUUUUUGGUAACAAAAUCAUCUGCAAUCCGUCCACCACCAUCAUCUUGUAAAGAUAAACGGUGCUCCCAGAAUGCUUUGUGCAACGAUACAUCCAUAGGUUUUUCAUGUGUUUGCAAAGCUGGGUUUACAGGAAACGGCUUUCAGUGCGACGAUAUUGACGAAUGUUACUCCUCGCAACCGUGUCCAACCAACAGUCGAUGCGAUAACAUACCAGGAUCUUACAAUUGCACAUGUCUGCAGCCUGGAAAUUGUCGAGCAACUCGUAUACUUGGCUUCGAUGAUCACAAAGGCCUGGUGAGCGUUCUUUACGACGGAGAGUGGGGGACCAUUUGUAGCAUUGGUUGGGGUUUUGCGGACACUCAGGUGGCAUGUCGUGAUGCAGGCUAUCCGUAUGCUGCAGGCUAUACGAGCGCGUUUGGUUUUGGAAAAAUCUGGCUUGCAAACGUACAAUGCCAGGGUAAUGAAAGUAAACUAGCUAACUGCGCACAUCCAGGAUGGGGAAAUGUCGAUCAAAUCUGUACACACGAUCUAGAUGUUGGAGUUGAAUGCGUUCCCACAACAAUUCGUCUAGCUGGUUCAGACAAGCCUGACGAAGGAAGAAUCGAGAUCUACUACAGUAACGAAUGGGGGACAAUAUGUGACAAAGGAUGGGACAAAGAUGACGCCGACAUAGCAUGUAGAGAGAUGGGAUUCGAAGGUGCAUUGAGAGCACUUAGGGGUAACGAGGUUGUUGAUGGAACUGGACGCAUUUGGUUGGAAAGGAUAAGAUGUACCGGAGUUAUUGAGAGAUUUCUGAAACAAUGCAACAAUAACGGCUGGAGCAAUGUCACGUGUAACCACUCACGUGAUGCAGGAGUUAAAUGUCGACCUAAGGUUUCUUGUGACUUUGAACUGAAUACUUGCAGCUGGCGAAAUGAAAAGAAAGAAGAUAAUUUUGACUGGCAGCUGAAUCGUGCGGAAACGCCGACACUUAACACUGGUCCAAGUGUUGAUCACACUAAAAAAACAAAAAGUGGAGUGUAUGUGUACAUUGAAACGACAAGACAACGUCCAGGAGAUAAAGCAUGGCUAGUGUCACCAGUACUUGAACCAAAAGGCAAUUAUUGUUUAAAGUUCUACUACUACAUGGUAGGAAGUGAUGUUCGCCAGCUGAACGUGUUCAUUAGGGAAACUGGAAGGAAUUACACGACAAGACUAUGGAACUUGGCGGGUGCGAGGAAAGUACAGUGGCUGGAAGGUCGUGUACCUUUACGUUUUAACAGAUCAAGCGAGGUUGUGUUUGAAGCUGUGAGUGGUAACGAUCAGAAGAGCGAUAUAGCUAUUGAUGACAUUUUACUGGACCAAUCAAAUUGCACAAUCUAUCCAAGUGAUGCAGUUCCAGUUGCCGAUGAAUGCGAGAGUGACCCCUGUGAUGUAAAUGCAAAAUGUGUAAAUAUCAUUGGUUCGUAUCGCUGCAAUUGCAACAAAGGUUAUACAGGAAAUGGAACAUUUUGUACAGACUUCAAUGAAUGCAUUACAAAUCCAUGUCACAUAAACGCAACAUGCAACAACACAAUCGGUGGCUUCACAUGCAAAUGCAAUCCAAACACAGACGGUAUUUGCGAUGAUGCAUACAGACCAUGUGGUCUUCGCAACAUCUUUAAUCAGCUUGAUCGACGCAUCAUCGGAGGAACUUCGGCAGCAAAAGGCUCUUGGCCGUGGGUGGCAGCGAUAUUAAAUUCGGAUAGACCCGGUACAGUCUGGUGUGGAGGAGCAUUAAUCAAUAACGAAUGGGUAUUGACCGCUGCUCAUUGUUUUGAUGGAAGUCGGGACACGAGAAAAUAUACCGUCAUUUUAGGUGAACACGAUGUAUUGAACUUGGAAUCUGAAGAACAACGAUUUAGUAUCAACCAAAUUUCGAUCAUACCACAAUACAACAAAAGGCAAAAACCUUUCGACAUUGCUAUGAUACGUUUACAUAUGCCCGCAAACUAUACAACACAUGUUCUACCUAUCUGCAUAGCGCGUACUGCAUUUCCCGUUGGUACUCAAUGCGUCAUUGCAGGCUGGGGUACCCGGACAUUUAGUGCAAAAGAUUACCCGCAGUUUCUACAGGAGGCCAUGGUGCCGAUAAUUGAUAGAAACUUAUGUAAAACUUACUAUAGUAACCUUCAUGAUAUAAGCUUUGACAUGGUGUGUGCUGGGUACAUCACGGGAACUAUAGAUGCAUGUCAAGGUGACAGUGGAGGACCUUUAAUGUGCAAAAGGGGAAACAAAUGGUAUUUGGCAGGAUUAACAAGCUUUGGUUAUCAGUGCGCUUCACAAGGCUAUCCAGGAGUCUACGCCAACGUAGCGGCAUUACAUACAUGGGUAGAGUCUCAACUUCAAAUUAACCAAUAAUAAGGCCACCCAGACAGGGGUAGCGAAGGGGAAACUCGUCCCAGGGCCCCACCAACUGGGACCCCAAAAACAAGAUAAGGCACUUCUAUAAAAAUAAACGGGUUGCUCAUGAGAACUUUACCCCUGGUCACAAAUAUUAUAUUGUAGAAUCUACCAAUAAUACAACAAAUCUUAUAGUAUAAAAUAUUAUGGUAUAGUCAUGUUAUUUUAAUUGUUAGUUAUUAUAGAUUAUGUAAUACUUCAAUUAUUUUUAAAAUAUAAUUAUCCAACGCGUAUAAUUAUUAGGAAAUAAAUUUAUGGAUUGCCGAGUAUUAAAAUAAAAUAUAUAUUUACAUCAA